GAAAAGGAAAACUUCAUUAAGGAGGAGCAAGAAGUAAACGAGACCAAACUGGGAAUGUUUAAGUCUCUGAAACUCUGCACUGAAAAGCGAAAUAAGAUAGCUAACUUGAGCUUAAACAUUCCGAAGCAUAAACUUAAUUUUGGAAUAUUCAUCUAACCACUGAAACAGGAGUUUACCAGGCAAGUACUUUUAUUUAGAACACAGCUUUUAUUUGAAAGUUAUAAUCUAAUGGGUUGGCUUCAUUGACUGCGUUUUUAAAGACUGCUCGUCAGUAAACUAAGCCCGGCGGCAUUCAUGGGUUUUCUGGAGACUAGGUAAUGAAAAUAUUUUCUUGUUGAAACACCAAGUGAAAAUUUUACAGCAACAAAUUUCAUGUUUCUUCUGGAGAAAAAGGAAGUAUUUAUAAAACCACGCAAAGAUCCAAAGGCUUUACAAAUACAUUGGAGGUUAUAAAGUGGUCACAAUCUGAAUACCAAAGGAGACUGCAGCCGACCAGACGACUUCAACACUGUAAACUGGACCUGCCUUUAUAAUGGUAAGCAAUAACAGCUCCCACUGCACCUAUGACGACUCCUUUAAGUACACUCUGUAUGGGUGCAUGUUCAGUAUGGUGUUUGUACUGGGGUUAAUAUCCAACUGUGUUGCCAUAUACAUUUUCAUGUGUACUCUCAAAGUGCGAAAUGAAACAACAACGUACAUGAUUAACUUGGCAAUAUCAGACUUGCUGUUCGUUUUUACUUUACCCUUCAGGAUUUUUUAUUUUGCCACACGGAAUUGGCCAUUUGGAGAUUCACUCUGCAAAAUUUCAGUGAUGCUGUUUUAUACUAACAUGUAUGGAAGCAUUCUGUUCCUAACCUGUAUUAGUGCCGAUCGAUUUCUGGCCAUCGUCUACCCAUUUAAGUCAAAGACUCUAAGAACAAAACGAAAUGCAAAAAUCGUUUGCAUUGCUGUAUGGUUAACUGUGAUGGGAGGAAGCGCACCUGCAGUUUUUUUGCCGUCUACCCACUCGCAGGGUAACAAUACCUCAAAAGCCUGCUUUGAGAAUUUUCCAGAAGCCACAUGGAAAACAUUUCUCUCAAGAAUUGUAAUUUUCAUUGAAAUAGUGGGAUUUUUUAUUCCUCUAAUUUUAAAUGUAACUUGUUCUAGUAUGGUGCUAAGAACUUUAAAUAAGCCUGUUACAUUAAGUAGAAGCAAAAUAAACAAAACUAAGGUUUUAAAAAUGAUUUUUGUACAUCUGGUCAUAUUCUGUUUCUGUUUCGUGCCCUACAAUAUCAACCUGAUUUUAUAUUCUCUCAUGAGAACACAGACAUUUGUUAACUGCUCAGCAGUAACAGCAGUGAGGACCAUGUACCCAAUCACUCUCUGCAUUGCUGUUUUAAACUGUUGCUUUGACCCUAUAGUUUAUUACUUCACAUCGGACACGAUUCAGAAUUCAAUAAAAAUGAAAAACUGGUCUGCCAGGAGAAGUGACUCCAGAUUCUCUGAAGUUCAAGGCACAGAGAGCUUUAUUGAACAUAACCUACAGACCUUAAAACGUAAGAUAUUUGACAAUGAAUCUACAAUAUAAGCUGCCUGAAAUAAAACAAUUGGGACUUCACUGGGACAGAACUUCUAAGUUCCUUCAACUGUGAAAAGUGUUUUCUUGGACAACUAUUUCUCCACCUCUGAAAAAAAAAAAAACAUGUGGAUAUUAAGUUUUUAGUAUUAAAAAAUGUAUUCAAUGUGUUAAGCAUUAAAAUGUAUUUUAUUCUUGUGUACACUCCAUUUUACUUUUCUGAGCCACUUGGAUUUGUACCUUCCUCUUCAUUAAAAAAAAAAAACCCUCAAAAAGCUGUUCAAAGUCUAAAAGUGAUGAUGAUUUAAAAUCAUGUGGUGACCAUCUGUAUGGUCUUUGAAUUUCUCAGUAAUUUUAUACUAGAUAUUUAACAAAUAUUAAAAGUAUUUCAUUUAUUAAAAAAUA